AUGAGUUUAUUGUCAGCAAUGUCUACAUGUACUAUUGAUCCUGAUCGACUUCAAUAUCAUGUCUGCCUUCUUCUUAGUGGCAUAUAUUUACAGCAAAGCGAACGUAUAAAGGCUAAACAAUUAACAGAAAAAGCGCGAGAAAUAGCUGAGAAGCUAAAAGAUGAAAUGAUGAUUGCGGAAAGCUUACAUAGAUAUGGUGAUAUUAAGCAAGUGGAACGAGACUGGAAUGAGGCACUGAAUAGUUAUAUGAAGUCGGUUGAUAUAAAAUUAAGGUGUAUAGUAGAAUAUAAUCCGAGCAUCGCUAAUUCAUAUAACGAGAUAGGAAUCAUUUACUAUGAUCAGGGUAAUUAUAAAGAGGCUAUUUCUAUGCUUGAAAAGUCACUCAACAUUAGAUUAUCAAUCCUUGAUCGCCAUCAUCCUGAUAUUACUAGAUCAUAUAACAACGUAGGAAACGCAUAUUUUAAUCAAGGCAAGCAUGAUGAGGCUAUUUCUAUAUAUGACAAGUCCCUCAAAAUUACAUUAUCAAUCUUUGGCCAUAAUCAUUCUGAUGUUGCCAAAUUAUAUAACAAUUUAGGAAAUGUGUAUGAUAAACAAGGCAAGCAUGAAGAGGCUAUUUCUAUGUAUGAAAAGUCUCUCAAAAUUCAAUUGUCAGUCUUUGGUCAUAAUCAUCCCAAUAUUGUCAAAUCAUAUAACAGCAUGGGAAAGAUAUAUUCUAAUCAAGGCAAUCAUGAAGAGGCUGUUUCUAUGUAUGAGAAAUCUCUCAAAAUUAGAUUGUCGCUCUUUGGCCAUAAUCAUCCCGAUGUUUCUGGAUCAUAUAACAAUCUAGGAAAUGUGUAUUGCAAGCAAGGCAAGUAUGAAGAGGCUAUUUCUAUGUAUGAAAAGUCUCUCAAAAUUACACUGUCAGUCUUUAGUCUCGAUCAUUCCAAUGUUGCCAAAUCAUAUAACAAUCUAGGAAAUGCGUAUUUAGUUCAAGGCAAGCAUAAAGAGGCUAUUUCUAUGUAUCAGAAAUCUAUUAAAAUUGCAUCGUUAGUCUUUCGCCAUAAUCAUCCCGAUCUUGCAAAAUCAUAUAACAAUCUAGGAAAUGUGUAUUGUAAUCAAAGCAAGUAUGAAGAGGCUAUUUCUAGUUAUGAGAAGUCUCUCAAAAUUCAAUUGUCAGUCUUUGGCCAUAAUCAUCCGGAUCUUGCCAAAUUAUAUAACAAUAUGGGAGAGGCAUAUAGACAUCAAGGCAAACACGAAAUGGCUAUUUGUAUGUAUGAGAAGUCUCUCAAAAUUACAUCAUCAGUCUUUGGCCAUAAUCAUCCCGAUGUUUCUGCGUCAUAUAACAACAUAGGAUCUACAUAUUCCAAUCAAGGCAAGCAUGAUGAGGCUAUUUUUUUGUUUGAGAAGUCUCUCAAAAUUACAUUAUUAGUCUUUGGUUAUAAUCAUCCCGAUAUUGCUACAACAUAUAACAACAUGGGAGCUACAUAUCAUUAUCAAGGCAAGCAUGAAGAAGCUAUUUCUAUGUAUGAGAAGUCUCUCAAAAUUCAAUUAUCAGUCUUUGGUCAUAAUCAUCCCCAUGUUGCCAAAUCAUACAGCAACAUGGGAGAGGCAUAUAGACACCAAGGCAAGCAUAAAGAGGCUAUUUCUAUGUAUGAUAAAUCUCUCAAAAUUCAAUUAUCAGUCUUUGGCCACAAUCAUCCCGAUGUUGCCAAAUCAUAUAACAACAUGGGAGCUGCAUAUUAUGAUCAAAGCAAGCAUGCAGAGGCUAUUUCUAUGUAUGAGAAGUCUCUCAAAAUUACAUUGUCAGUCUUUAGUCAUAAUCAUCCCGAUGUUUCAGCAUCGUAUAACAAUCUAGGAAAUGUGUAUGGUAAUCUAGGCAAACAUCAAGAGGCUAUUUCUAUGUAUGAGAAGUCUCUCAAAAUUACAUUGUCAGCCUCUGGUCAUAAUUAUCCUGAUAUUGCCAAAUCAUAUAACAAUCUAGGAAAUGUGUAUUAUAAUCAAGGAAAGCAUGAAGAAGCUAUUUCUAUGUAUGACAAAUCUCUUAAAAUUAAAUUAUCAGUCUUUGGUCAUAAUCAUCCCCUUGUUGCCAAAUCAUAUAACAAUCUAGGAAAUGUGUAUGAUAAUCAAGGCAGGCAUGAAGAGGCUAUUUCUAUGUAUAAGAAAUCUCUCAAAAUUCAAUUGUCAGUCUUUGGUCAUAAUCAUUCCGAUGUUUCUGUGUCAUAUAACAAUCUAGGAAAUGUGUAUUUACAUCAAAGCAAGCAUGAAGAGGCUAUUUUUAUGUAUGAGAAGUCUCUCAAAGUUAGAUUGUCAGUCUUUGGCCAUAAUCAUUCCGAUGUUGCUACAUCAUAUAACAACUUGGGAACUGCAUAUUCUGAUCAAGGCAAGCAUGAAGAAGCUAUUUCUAUGUAUGAGAAGUCUCUCAAAAUUAGAUUAUCAGUCUUUGGCCAUAAUCAUUUCGAUAUUGCUGCAUCAUAUAGCAACAUAGGAACUGCAUAUAGAUAUCAAGGCAAGCAUAAAGAGGCUUGUUCUAUGUAUGAGAAGUCUCUCAAAAUUACAUUAUCAGUCUUUGGCCAUAAUCAUCCCGAUGUUGCCAAAUUAUAUAACAACAUGGGAGCUGCAUAUUAUAAUCAAAGCAAGCAUGAAGAGGCUUGUUCUAUACUGUCAGUCUUUGGUCAUAAUCAUGCCCAUGUUGCUACAUCAUAUAACGACUUAGGAACUGUAUAUAGAUGUCAAGGCAAACAUGAAGAGGCUAUUUCUAUGUAUAAGAUGUCUCUCAAAAUUACAUCGUCAGUCUUUGGUCAUAAUCAUCCCGAUAUUGCCAAAUCAUAUAACAACAUAGGAUCUACAUAUUCUAAUCAAGGCAAGCAUGAAGAGGCUAUUUUUAUGUAUGAAAAGUCUCUUAAAAUCACAUUGUCAGUCUUUGGUCAUAAUCAUCCCGAUAUUGCUAAAUUAUAUAACAAUCUGGGAAAUGUAUAUUCACGUAAAAGCAAAUAUGAAGAGGCUAUUUCUAUGUAUGAGAAGUCUCUCAAAAUUACAUUGCGAAUCUUUGAUCAUAAUCAUCCCGAUAUUACUACGCUAUAUAACAAUCUAGGAAAUGUGUAUGGUAAUCAAGGCAGACAUGAAGAGGCUAUAUCUAUGCAUGAGAAGUCUCUCAAAAUUACAUCGUCAGUGUUUGGUCCUAAUCAUCCCCAUGUUGCCAAAUCACUUAAUAAUCUAGGAAAUGUGUAUUCUAAUCAAAACAAGCAUGAAGAGGCUAUUUCUAUGUAUGAGAAAUCUCUCGAAAUUCAAUUGUCAGUCUUUGAUCACAAUCAUCCCGAUAUUUCUGUAUCAUAUAACAAUCUAGGAAAUGUGUACUUACAUCAAAGCAAGCAUGAAGAGGCUAUUUCUAUGUAUGCGAAAUCUCUCAAAAUUAGACUAUCAAUCUUUACUCAUAAUCAUCCCAAAGUUGCCAAAUCAUAUAGCAAUCUAGGAAAUGUGUACAAUAAUCAAGGCAAGCAUGAAGAAGCUAUUUCUAUGUAUGAGAAAUCUCUCAAAAUUAUAUUGUCAGUCUUUGAUCAUAAUCAACCCGAUGUUGCAACAUUAUAUAACAAUCUGGGAGCCUCAUAUUAUAAUCAAGGCAAGCAUAAAGAGGCUAUUUCGAUGUAUGAGAAGUCUCUUAAAAUUCAAUUUUCACUUAUUGGUCAUAAUCAUCCCGAUAUAACCAAAUCAUAUAACAACCUAGAAUAUAUAUGUAAUAGUCAAGGUAAUGCGUAUAAUAAUCAAGAAUUGGCAGGAACGAUGCAAAAGACCGGUUCUAACGCUACAGUUUCUUGGGUUGCAGCCACAUUUAUAAGAAAGAAUGAAGCUAAUCCAGCAAAAUCGUUUUUGAGUGAUGUAACUGGACAGAAAAUAUCUAUAUUUUACGCGUGUAUUCGGUAUAUAUCAGCUGUGAGAUUUAGAAGUAUCCCAGCAGAUCGAAGAUUUUAG